CUUUGUAAUUGGAAGCAGUGUGAAGUGGGACGGGUCGAAACUGUUGAGUGCUGUUCUUUGACUCUCAAUCUGACGCCUCUCUUAUAUAAAAACAAAAAUGGAAACUUUUUGCCUCAUCACUGUAGUGUUGGUGUGUGUGUAUGCGAUUGUUUAUAACAUUGGUGUCAAAGGGGCAUCAUGUAAAAGCAAAGUCAAACUCCAUGGAAAAACUGCCAUAGUUACUGGAAGUAACACAGGUAUUGGGAAGACAACAGCUAUUGACCUGGCCAAGAGAGGAGCCAGGGUCAUUCUGGCCUGCCGCAGUAAGCAGAGGGGUGACGCUGCUCUUGCUGAGAUUAAGAAGGAGAGUGGGAGCAACCAGGUGGUGUUCAUGCAGCUGGAUCUGGGUAGUCUGAAGUCUGUACGCUCCUUUGUUGAAACCUUCCUGAAGACUGAGCCUAGAGUGGACCUACUGAUCAACAAUGCAGGGAUCUACAUGCAAGGCAAGACUGAGGAUGGCUUGGGCAUGAUGUUUGGUGUUAACCACAUCGGCCACUUCCUGUUGACCAUCCUGCUGCUGGACCGUCUGAAGGAGUGUGGACCCAGUCGAGUGGUCAACGUGUCAUCCACGUUUCAUAAUUUUGGCACCAUUGAUUUUAAUUGUUUGAGCAUUCACAAGGAGUUGGGGGUUGGCAACACAACAAUCGAUGACACAAAGAUCUACAGCAACAGCAAGCUGUGCAACGUUCUCUUCACCCAUGAGCUGGCAAAGAGACUGAAGGGCACCAAGGUCACCUGCUACAGUCUUCAUCCAGGUUCUAUCAACACCGACCUGACCCGAGAUGCCAAAAUACUCGCCAUGCUGUUGAAGCCUAUUACUAUGCUUUUCUUCAAGACCCCGGUGCAGGGGUCCCAGACCACUCUCCACUGUGCCCUCCAGGAGGGCUUGGAGCCCCUGAGUGGACGCUACUUCUCCAACUGUACGGUUAGAGACGUGUAUGCCAAGGCCAAAGAUGACGCUGUGGCUAAGAAGCUCUGGGAAGUGAGUGAGACUCUGUGUGGCCUGUCAUAAGAAACUCACCAUGACUCAGCUGUAUUUGACUGUAAAGAACAGAGAAAACAUUGUUUUGCUCUGUUCCCAUUGUUUUUAAUUUGUCUUCUUGGUUACAUUUUAUAUCACAAUUUGUUGUAAUUUUCUAAGUACUGUUGUUACAGUAAAAUACAUGCUAUUAACAAAA